ACCACCUAACCAAUUAUGGAGGGAAAUCUUCAGUCGCAUCGAGUCGUCCUCCAAGGCACACGUGUCUCGGGUUUCCUCCUGCAAAAAUCCCAUCGGCGCCAAGGUGCUGUGGCCUUAGAGACGUCAGGUGUCGCAAACCCUAAGGACUCAGAGACGAUAGAAACCAAGGAUUCAAAGGCGUUUGAAGACGACAGAGAGAACGUACCGGAAUACGUGGGUUCAGAGACUUCAGAGACGUCACAGACCGAGGAUUCAGAGACGUCAGAAGCCGAGGGUUCAGAGACGUCAGAGACUGAGGAUUCAGAGACGUCAGAAUCCGAGGAUUCAGAGACGUCAGAAUCCGAGGAUUCAGAGACGGCAGAGGCAGAGGAUUCUGGGGUGUCAGAAGCCGAAGAUUCAGAGAUGUUAAAAGCCGAUACAGAGGAGUCACAAACCGAGGAUUCAGAGACGUCAGAAACCGAGGAUUCAGAGACGUCAGAAACCGAGGAUUCAGAGACGUCAGAAACCGAGGAUUCAGAGACGUCAGAAACCGAGGAUUCAGAGACGUCAGAAACCGAGGAUUCAGAGACGUCAGAAACCGAGGAUUCAGAGACGUCAGAAACCGAGGGUUCAGAGACGUCAGAAGCCAAGGGUUCAGAGUUGUCAGAAGCCGAGGGUUCAGAGUUGUCAGAAGCCGAGGGUUCAGAGUUGUCAGAAGCCGAGGGUUCAGAGUUGUCAGAAGCCGAGGAUUUAGAACUGACAAAAGCCGACAAUUCAGAGACGCCAGAUGAAGAUGGAUCGAAGAUGUCAGAAAUCGAGGGCUCAGGAACGCCACAUGAAAAAUUCCCAUUCGUGUUAACGGAGAAUAUUAACAUGUCAAGAAUACUUCUGGACUCUGUAACCAAGAAAAAAGGGAAAGACAAAGUAUAUUGUCUCUCCGAAGACGAUGAACCUUACACGGGCUUCGCUCUCCUAACCCCAUACAGGAGCGGCUCCUCCAUGUAUGUGAAGGCGGAAGAUGUCAUUCCCUCGGGAUGCAAUCCAGUGACAUUGUGGCACCUCGUACGCCACGGAAGCAACGGUCCUCACAUGAUCGACCGCUCGAGGUUUGAUAGCAAAUUACCAGUUCUUAGGAAAAAGAUCCUCAAAAGUCACAAGGUCCAGAAGGGAUAUCUCUGUGAUAAGGACGUGGCAUUAAUUAAUGGCUGGAAACCGACUGACAUGCUAAACGGUGACGCUACGCUUUCUGAUGAAGGCAAGAAAGAAAUGACAGGUAUAGCUUCCCGGUUCAGGAACGCGUUUUCAGGUUUUCUGAAAAAGGACUACUUUAACCUCCCGGGGGUCAAGCCCGGACAAGGUACUAAGCGCGGAGAAGGCCAGCACAACAUGCGGAGUAUGAAGGCCUACAAUAAAGGCAUGUACGGGAAACACGCGACAUACGUACCAUUCACCAGCCCGCGAGGAUUUUAG